GUCAGCUACUCCGUCUACGACCGGGGAGAUUCAAGAGCCGACGCAACAGACAAGCUCCAGCAGGGCCCCACAAGCACCCAAGGUGAGUCGAGUGGUGCGCCCUGAUAGCAGUCAUCGUUGCCCUCUGCACAGCACUGCGGCAGACUGUAAGAAUAAACGAAUCAAGCCUGAAGAUGAAGAGAUAUAUUCGGAGCUUUUGGAUCCCAUCAGGAUGUAAGUGGGUUACACGUGAGCUGGAACUCAGUACUCACGGUGUGCAGCACAUUCGCUGGAACCCAAGAGAGUUUACGUGGUAUGACUUACGGAAAGAGUAACAUACUCCCGCCUGCCUUGUAUAGAACCUUCUAUGAGUUGUCCGCAACUCUCAGUUCGCGGGUCAGCAAAGACACUCAUGUGCGACAUCGGGAAAAUGAAAACCUCAUACUCCGUGACGGCAAUGCAUUCCAAACGGUCGGGAACCCCACCUUCAGCGAAAAAGUCACGAAGGAGGGCAUUGAGCGACAUUUGGUGUGGAACAAGAAGAAAGAUCCUUCAGCCUGGAUCUCCAUGUUCGACGAGCUUUCGCAUGCAAAACGACGCGCCUUGUUUCAUUAUGACGAAAGUCAAAGGAUCGGCCAGCGUGUCACUAUUGCACAAAUCAGCACCGCCGAUCUGAUUCCGGCCACUGUUCAUGCAACUUGUCGAUCAGUGUGGGAGAUCGUGAUUAAAGAUAAACAUUAUGGAAAACGCCUGCUAUACAGCGUCACGACCCGUCAGGUUGAUAUACCAAUCUGGGUGCAUAGCUCCGUCCGUCCUACGACUACCUCCUCUAUUUCGUCAGAGCAGCUCAUAGCUUCUCACGCAGACUUGUUUGUCUGCAUCAAAGAACUGCGCAAAUCCAACCUGGUGCAAGGACCUAAAACCCAUUCAAGAAGGAGGACGAUCGCAGCAGACGGACACAACUAUGAGUGGCUUGCGCUGGGCCGGAUUCUUGAGUCGCGCGUCACGAAAGUCUUCCCCUUCGACGGUAAAGUCUUCCAUAUGGUCAAGCCAUCCCACACGGUGCGUAGCACGGCCGCCAAAGAAAACUGGAUAUUUGAUUUCGACCUUGAGACCUGGCGUUUGGAGUCCGAGUUGGACAGAUCUGAUGCUCAUAAGCGCAAGAGAGACGUCGGCGACGACGACGACGAUCACGAGACGACGGUCGACAAUUCCCGCGAACGCAAGAAGAGCCGCGGUCAUAAUCUUGGCUUCAGCGCUGUCAUUGAAGUCUUUGCCAGUACUUGAACCGUUCUCGGAGCCCUGGCGGACCGUGACGUGUCUCGACAUUGACUUCUCCACGACGCAGUCGCUAUUCCGAUUAGGUGUGGAAGCGUCCAGCGCUUGUCCCAUCGUGAAGACACACUUACCCCGAUACCCUGACUUGACUCUAUUUUCUUUCAA